AUGGUCAGAAACAUUGUCGUGUUCGGAGGGUCGUCCCAUCCAACCUUGACAGAAACUAUCUGCGAGAUUCUCGGUAUUGCACCUGGUCAAGCUCUCUUCUCCAAGUUCGCAGUUGGAGAGACCAGGGUUGAGAUCGGCGAGUCGGUCCGGGGAAAAGAUGUUUAUAUCAUACAAUCUGGUGGUGGUAAGGUGAAUGACCACUUCGUCGAGCUUCUGAUUGCCAUUUCGGCAUGCAAGACUGCGUCCGCGAAAAAGGUCACCGCUGUCCUACCACUCUUCCCGUAUUCUCGCCAGUCCGAUAUACCCUACAACAAGAGCGGUGCGCCUCUGGUUAAGGCAUCGAAUGCGUCCAACAAGCUGGUUCCUGACGCGAAUGGCUACACCUUCGACAGUACCCCUCCAACUCCACAUCCAGAUAAGACUGAAAGCCAAGGCCUUGCCAACGGACAUCCCUUGCACAAAGCUAUUUCAAAGUCACAGCUCGAUGAGGUAGAGAACAGCCCUACAUACCAGGCCCGCUUCAGCCACUACCGGGACCGGGAUGUAAGUUCACACUCGUCAACAAAGUCGGACUAUUUUCCAAGCCAACGGAAACGAGGAGAUUCGGCAGCGUCAGCCACCAACGGCAUUGCAAAUUAUGAUUUUGCUCCACCGCCAAAAAUAGAUCCGCAAGACAAUUUCAAACCUCGACCGGGCUAUCGACAGUGGGUUGCUCAAGCAGGUACUCUUGUGGCAGAUCUUUUGACCUGCGCUGGCGCAGAUCACAUCAUCACCAUGGACCUUCACGAUCCACAGUAUCAAGGGUUCUUCGACAUUCCUGUUGACAAUCUUUACGGCCGGCCGAUCUUGAAGAAGUAUAUCCAGCAAAACAUUCCAGAUUACAGAAAUGGAGUGGUCGUUAGUCCCGACGCUGGAGGUGCUAAAAGAGCAACUGCCAUCGCCGACUCGUUAGGAAUCGAGUUCGCACUGAUUCAUAAAGAACGUAGACCCACCAAGAUCACCGAUCGGCAGAAUGCAACCAUGAUGCUCGUCGGCGAUGUUACUGGCAAAGUUGCCAUUCUCAUCGACGAUCUGGCCGACACGAGCAACACGAUUACCCGAGCCGCGAAACUUCUGAAGAAAGAAGGUGCCAGCAAAGUCUAUGCCUUGGUGACGCACGGUGUUUUGAGUGGAGAUGCAAUUGAAAGAAUUAACGCCAGCGCGUUGGAUAAAGUUAUUGUCACCAAUACCGUGGACCAGUCGCACCAUGUCAGAAGAUGUCCCAAGUUGGAGGUACUCGAGGUCGGCCACGUCUUCGCUGAGGCGAUUCGAAGGGUGCAUUAUGGCGAGAGCAUCAGUGUGCUGUUCCAAUAUGAUUAG